ACUUCUAUAAAGCACACCAAAAGCUUAAUUUCUUUGUCAAGUGCAGAGGCUAAAGCACAUCUGAGAAAACAUUUGCAGCUCUGUUUCAAUCGUACGAUCCGAUUUGAACGUAUUCGUGCACCAUCCUAACGUUUUCGGAAAACGCUUGGAGUUUUUUUUCUCAGAAACCAUGGAUUAUAUCAAGAUUUCAAACAUCCAAUCCGCAAGCCAAUUCAAUUUCAACCAAUCCCACAAAGUGAUCAAGUUUUUGUUCUCAGUCUCAGUGUUUUCAGCCUUACUCUCCUACUCUUCUUUGAUCUCUUUUUUUAUCCACUCCUUCAAUUCCUUCACAUCUUCUGUACACUUGUUCAGCUACACUUUGGAUAAGAACUACAUGUUUUUACUUUGCAAUGGACUUGUGGUGUUCAUUGUGAAGAACUCUGGUCUCAUUGCGACUUCUCCACCAGGGAGCUCUAAUCUCAACAAUGAAGAACAUGUUCCCAAGAGUAUCGAAUCCCGGCGAAAAGCAGCUGAAUUGGCAGAAACUAAGGCGACAGAAGCACCAAAACCAAAGGAAGAAGUUGUCAACGUCGAAAUCGAGCAAGUGAAAGUGAGAGAAGAUGAAAAAAGGGUUUUCAUUACAGUAAAGGAAGAAGAUGAAUGCUGCAGAAACAAUUUUGUUGGGGUGGACGAUCAUGAUUUGUAUGAAGAGGAAGGGAAUGAAAUGCUGAGUGCAGAGGAGUUGAACAAGAAGUGUGAUGAUUUUAUUAGGAGAAUGAAAGAAGGAAUAAAACUUCAAGUCCAACAGUCAAUCAUGUUGUGAUAUUGUCAGUGAGAUUAAAAGAACUUACAACCUAGUUUUGUUAAUUAUAAAGGACUACUUUUUUUGUUGUGACUUGAUGAAUUUUUGGGUUAUAUUUCUUCCGUAUUAUUGUUUGAAUUGUGUAUAAAUGCCAUCCAAUAAUCUCUUUUACCCUCAUAUUAAUCAAUGAUGCAGCUGAUA